AUGUCUUCCUACAGACAGGUCUGCAACUUCAGCAGCUGCUCACCCUGCGAGGUGACCUGUCCCCAGCCCUACGCCAACGCCUGGAACCAGCCCUGUGUCACCUCCUGCGGGGACUCCCACGCCGUGGUCUACCCACCCCCCGUGGCCAUCACCUUCCCAGGUCCCAUCCUCAGCACCUGCCCUCAGGAGAGCUUUGUGGGCACCUCAGCCCCCCUGGAGAUCGGCAGCUCCUCUGCCUAUGGGAGCUCUGCCCAGAGCUGCUUUGGCUCCAGCAGCUCCCUGGGUGGCAGGUUCUCCUACCCCUGCUAUUCCCGCAGAUACACCACCUACCGUGGUGGGAGCUGUGGGCCCUGCUAA